GGAAACCGUUAUACGGGUGGUGCCGUUUUUUUUUGUCAAAGUGGAGCACAUACUCAAAACACAAAUACCUUCUUAAGUGUGUAGUCGAAUCAUAAUUAAUAAUAAUGAUAAUAAUCCUUAACUAACGGAAUCGGGUUCCAUUUGCUUUUGGCGGCAUUGAAUUAUGGCCAUAGAUAUCAUAUUGUCUUUCUUUCCGAAACCAACAAAGUGUUAUUCUUUUGGCUCCGUAACCCUGUACGAGUGUGUGUGCACCUCCUACGCCCCUUCUUAGCCCCUAUUUGGUAUAAUAUUUAGUAUGUUUAUAUACGACUCCUCUCAUUAGGGCAAAUAGUGCAUUAAAUAAGCAAAACAAAAGCAGUGAAGUGAAUCUAAAUGUGAAUAUGUUUUGUUCUCGGUAUUCUCGGUGUUGUUGUUGUUUUCGUUUUCGUUAUCUUUGUCAUAGUCCAUGGCGUUGUCAUAUCUGUGUUUAGUGGAGGUGAAAUAAGUAGACCGGGCGGGUUGUAAGAUUCAAGUACAUACAUACCUUCACAUAAGCCCAUAGAAUAAGGGAAGAGCCUUAAUUAUAAUCACAGAAAAGAAUAAGAGUGCAAAGGCAACAACGGAGAAGGCCUAAAGUGUCUUUGUUCAUCAUAUGAGUAUCUAUAAGAAAAAGAAGUGUGCGGGCCUAGAUUGUUAGAGAAAGAAGCAUCUAGUACAAGUGCAAUUCUUUUAAGUGUGACCAAAGGUGCAGAUUGUGUGUCUCGUCUCGUCGCGCCGUUCUGCUCUGUUAUAUACCAUCCUACCUACUACCUUACCACCCUGGAUAGCCCUCUAUGCCAACUCCUAUAACCUUUUCCUUCAGUUCGACUUCGAUGCGAGCUAUAAUUACAGCUACAGCUACAAUAGCUACAUGGUCUUGAAGCUAUACGGGCUUUAAUUCGAACAACAACGAUUCGUGUCUUGUCUUCCAUGGAUAGAUAGAUAGGCAUACAGGGGUAGAACGUGGAAAGUGCUUGUGCUGUUUAGUGUGCCAUUCGACGACAACGAGCUACGCUAGCGCCGACUAUACGACGACGUGAUUCGAAUGUUGUUGUCUUGUGAAUCUUUGAGUUUGCCUUGCCUUUGCCUUCGCCUUUGAGUUUGCCUUUGCCUUUGCCUUGUCUUGUCUUGGUUUGAAUGAAAUCAGUUUUAAGGAUCAAAUCUCAUGAAUUGUAAUUGUGUUGUUGGGAAUAAUAUUAUUUGUGCGUUUGUUGUGUUGUUUGUUGCUAUUUUUUUUUUUUGUAAUAUAGCCGCAGCAGCCGAGCCGUCUCGGGCUGCCAUAUUGAUUAAGGAUUAACCGAGGAUUUAUAUUUGUUUGGAUUUUCAUCCCCCCUCUAAACCCUAUAUCAUGUGUGUUGGAGUCGGAUUCAUCGGAGUUGUUGGUGUGGAAGAGAAAAGGAAUUAAAAUUAACAAAAUAAAAACAACGGGCGAAUAUUGCAGAGGAAAGCCAUAAAACUGAACGAUAGAGACAUCAAAAAUAUAGCUUGAAACACAACAACAUAAGCAACAACAAAAUACAAUAUAUCCUUCACACACACAUACAUAUUUAUAUUAUUACUACAUUGUAAAAGAAAGAACAACAAGGAAAAAUUCAAGGCCGGAAGGACAUUGGAAAAACGAAGAAAAAAAGGAAACGGAAGUGUAAAUAUUCCGGAAGGAAAACUUUUAUCCGAAGGCUCCUAGGAAUAUGACGGCAACCAAAACGAAUCACUUCAUAGUGUGAGAGUCUGAAAAAAGGAGAAGAAAAACAAACGAAAAAUAAAAUUACGCAAAACAAAACCAAAUACAAAAAUAAAUAGGAAUAGAAAUAAUAACCAUGAAACCAUCAGCAAAUUGCGGCUAAGCCAACAUCACGUCUAAAGAAUGAAUACAAAGAUGCGUGUCUCGGGGGAACUAUUCGUUCCGAUAGCAACAUUCCAUAUCCUUAUGAUUCUAACAACCAAAAUGGCCUACGUGAGUGGUGAUUGGCUUAUGAACUGUGGCGACUGCAAAUGUAAAUGGAAUUCCGGCAAGAAAACGGCCGAUUGCAAGAACCUUAGCAUAUCCAGUGUCCCGGAGAAUCUUAGCUCUGAGCUACAGGUCCUUGAUUUGUCACUGAAUAAAAUCUCCUAUCUGGAGGAGAAUGCCUUUUUAACAGCUGACCUGCAGAACCUACAUAAGCUCUUUGUGCGAAACUGCUCCCUGGAGAAUUUGGAUCCGCUGGCGUUGAGAUCGCUUGAGAUUCUCAUCGAACUCGAUUUGUCCAAUAAUCUGUUGAGGCGAUUGCAGGCCAACAUUUUUGGAAGUUUGGUGAAGGUGCGUGCCCUAGUCCUCAAUGGAAACCUCCUCGAAGUGCUGGACGACGGAAUCUUCCAGAACCUGAAAUAUCUCCAUAAGGUCGAACUAAAGGACAAUAGAAUAACUACGGUGGGGACGGACGUGUUCGUGAAUGUGCCGCUGCUGUCGCAGAUCUACUUGAGCGGUAACCGGUUAAAUGUCCUGCGAAAGGAGUCAUUUGAGAGGCUGCAGCGACUCACCAGCCUCUCGCUGGAGCUGAAUCCCUGGAAUUGCACCUGCGAACUGCAGAUAUUCCGAGACUUUGCCUUUCGACGGAAUCUCUACACCCCACCGACAGCCUGCUACUAUCCCAGUCACCUGCGUGGGAUGCUCUGGAUAGAGGACCAGCCAGAGGCAUUUGCCUGCAAGCCCAAGAUAAUCUAUCCCUCGCGAGGUGCCUCCAUUAAUACUUCCAAAGAGAAUGUGACACUGAUUUGUCGAGUGCACGCUUCACCCAACACUGUUAUCGCCUGGGACUACAACAAACAGUCCCACUUACUCGGCAGCACCAGUAGUGGUGGUGGUAGUGGUGGAAAUAGUGGCACAAACAACGCCGGUCGGGUGCACAUUCAAUUGCUCCGCGAGGAACAGAAUUCUGGCAAGGAAUUCGGUCGCGAUAUCUUCAUUUCACGUCUCACCAUCCUCGGCGCCGAAAAGAGUGAUGAAGGCAUUUAUACCUGCCUGGCUGAAAAUGCCGGCGGCAAGGACGCCGUUCAGAUGAGUCUGCUCGUGCAGAAGCAAUCGCCAAAGGAUUUGCUCUUGCAGAGCAAUUUAAUCAUCGUGAUUUGCUUAAUGGCACUUGGGCUACUGUCCGCUUCCGUGUUCCUCGCCAUGGUCACGUGUUGCAUUUACAAGCGUUUCAAGGCGAUAAAUUUACAACAACAGCACUUCCAUACCCAUGGCGGUGGGGCGCUGGGCAUGACAACGACAACAACAACCACUGCAGCAGGCAGCGAGACGUCAGUGGGUCAGCAUCAUCUUCACCAUCACCAUUUGCAUGGAGGCGAUGGCCACUUGAUUCACCAGAAAAAGGGUGAGGGCUAUGUUGUUGGUGGGGGUUCGGCCUUAAGUCAACAUCAAGUGACAAAUGGGGAUAAAUAUGCGGCAAUUAAAAUUAUGGAAAACGGUGUGGGUGGCAAUAAUGUCGGUGGGGUUGGCGGCGGCGGGGGACUCCAUCAUCAUCAGCAGCUCAAGCAUCACAUGAUGGGCGAUGAGAUGACAGACACGAAAUUGGCUCAUUCCGAAAAGAUUUAUCUGGAGAAAAGCAUUGAAGAUUCUCUCCACAUACCCUCGCACACCGUUUACCUUCCACAUGGCCCAAAUAUGUCCGAAAUCAAUCGAAUAACACCUUUGAAACGUCAUCAUCAAAAUGCAGAUGGUACCAUCACAGCUGAAUACCAACCCGAUUUGUUACCGAACACAACGCAGCAUUCAUUCGGCAAUAAAAACAAAAGCCACAGCAACAGCAGCCUCUACAGUCCAACAUCGGCUACAACAACAACAGUAAAUCACCAGAAUUCAUAUGCUGACCAAAUUCAGGAUCAUUACUCCCACAACCACCACCAGCUUCAGCUCCAGAACCAUCACCAGCAACAGCAGCAUCAUCAUCAGAACUCUAGCAUUUAUGGUCCACAAUCCCCCACCGCUCCAUCCUUGACACCGUCAUCUGCAGUUACAACAAUAAAACACCCAACUACCACUCAAGAUGCCAAUCCAACCACCACCACUACCAUCGCCGCCCAUUAUGCAAAUAGCAGUAACAGUGGCAAUUUGGCCAAAAGUAAAUACGACCAUGUCAGUAGGUCCACAACGGACUAUUUACAGUCCAGAUAUAUGGACCUGAUGCGAGAGAUGUCGUGUAUUCCGGCACCGGCAUCGUCGUCGCCAAAUGGAGGCUCAGACUCACCUCCGCCGCCUCCAGCGCCACCCAACGACAAGUUGGCGAAACAACUGCUGCGUUAUCCUUCAACUGGAUCCUACCAGCGCCCACCCACCGUUAAAAAGAAUUCCAGCGUUCUAGACUAUCGGAAACCCCCACCACCUCCGCCAUACUCAGCCAGCCAUGCCGGAACAACCACCGGAUCCACAACUGUGCCGUUAAGACGAACUAGUGCAACACUGGGGGGAGCCCAUCACAAUAACGAUGACACCAACACCGAAACGGGGUCAGAACUGAGUUGUGGCGAAACGACAACGACGGCGAUGACGACGAACAUCUCCCGCCAGACAAUUGUCACAACGUCACCUUCCCUCAACUUUUUGGCCAACUACACCCCAAGGCGGCAAUUACUCUGAUAGGAGGAGGCCGGUCGCAGAGAGUUCCAUCAUUCUACCACAUGGUUGAUAUAGAAGGACCUCCGCAACCCAUAAACGGCAACGGAACAAGAAUUACCAAACAUACCUACCUUCCUACCUAUAUUGCAACGUAAUAGCAGAAGUAGAGUCCUCUCUUUCCAGACAAAGACAACAAUAUGAGGUUAACACUUGGGGCAUCACCAUAUGGCAUAUGGAAGGACGACGACGACGAUGAUGACGAUGACGACGUAGACGUGACCUCAACCGAAUGGCGUACAUCUCUUGGCUAAUCAAUCAAAACCACCUCUGAAUUUAGGAAAUAUAUUCGUACUCCUAUACUCGUAGCUCACAAACAACGUAUAAGGACAUGUAUAUUCUUUUGGGCAAGUGUCCUGCGGUCAUCACAUUCGAAAGUUCGACUUACCGGAGAUGAUACACAUGCCAUCCAUGCAAAAACCUCCUAUAACUUCCAUCAGGUGUUCCCAUUGCAUCGGAAUCCUCCAAGUCAUUUACCAUCAAUGUCAGACCGGAGUUAGGAUCCUCCAGAGGCAGGUUACUGCCUCUUCCUCAUAUAGAAACAACUAACAAGGAUAAAACGGGUCAUCACGGAGUUUUCUUCUUUUGUAUCUCUGUACGAGCACAUGCAAGAAAAAUGAUGGUCGACCGCAUCGAUGAAUAAUAAUGAAUCAAAUUCCAGAACUACCACGUUGCAGUAGUAUCAAGAUAUCUCCUUUCCGAAAAUACCAAAAAUACAAGAAGAAGCAGUGGAAAAAAAAGGACGAACCAAAAAUAUAGGACGAAGGGUCAUAAUAUGAAUGCAAAUCGGUUUGAAUAAAAGUCAAGUCCAAAAAAAGAAGAAAAAAAAAGCAUAAAACAGGUCGAGAUAAGUCAGGGAGAGGUUGGUAAGGUAAAGUAGGGUAUGGUAGGGAAGAACAGGACUGGGCAGGGCAGGGCAGAGCAGGGCAGGUGGUAUAACAAUUUAUCGAGGUGAGAUUUCAUAUUCCUCAUUCGAGUGAGGUCGAUGAUGUAAAUCAAACAAAAAGUCCUUAAUAUGAAGAACGACGAAUCAAGGACCCCCCAUAGUCUUUCUCUUAUUCCCUCCCUCUUUCUCACUCUGUGUUCGAUGUGUAUUUUAUAUGUAUGCCAGGUAUGUGACGUAUAACGAAAAGGUGAGAGGAAUUUUUGAAUUUUUGUGAUAACGGGCUGGUUAUGUUUUGAAUUGAAAUACCAUUUAUGGAUCACCAUUUUCAGCAUCACUAUGAUAGACAGGUAGUGUCUGUGGUGGUGAAGUAGAAUGCGGCAAAGGGGCAGAGAAUCAUGCUAAUGUGGCAUGAAAAUUGUUUUCCAAGUCAAGAAUUCAAUAGACGAGGUAGAGGUAGAGAAUUUAAGACAAGCGAAUUGAGUGGAAGUGGUUGGUACUUUGAGAAAAAUAAAAUAAAUACUAUCAGGGACAAAUGAGCUGGAAGGGAUUUUGGAAAGAAAAAAGGUUUGAUUGUUUAAAUCAAUUUGGAAAUCUACCUUUUUUUAAUAUUUUAAAUUUAUUAUUGGUUUUUGUUUUUUUGGAUGUAAGUUUAUGAUUUUUCAGGUAUGUACAAGUAAAAGUGGAUAAAUUAUGUAGAUUUAUGUAAUAUUUUAUUCAACAUGAAAAAGAUUAAGUUGAAAAAGUCAUUCAAGCUCAAGUUAAGUU